GCGUUCGGGCGAGCGUCCGUGGCGGCGGUGUCGCGGCUGUGUCGCGGCUGUGUCGCGACGGGGCUGGGCCGGGAGCGGGGGAAGAUGGAAGGAGCCUCCUUCGGAGCCGGGCGGGCCGGGGGCACCGUGGACCCCGUGGAUUUCCUGAAGCAGCCGCAAACCAUCCUGCGGGUGACCACCUGGAUCUUCUCCAUCGUGGUGUUUGGCUCCAUAGUGAACGAGUGCUAUGUCAACAGGGACAGUCAGGACCCCGAGCUGCUCUGCAUCUUCAACGAGAAUGAGAGUGCCUGCAGCUAUGGCAUUGCCAUUGGCAUCAUUGCCUUCUUUGGCUGCAUCUUCUUCUUUGUCCUGGACCUCAACUUCCAGCAGAUCAGCAGCGUGAAGGACCGUAAGAGAGCUGUGCUGCUGGACCUGGGCUUUUCAGGUUUCUUGUCCUUCCUGUGGUUUGUAGCUUUCUGCUUCCUAGCAAACCAGUGGCAAAGGACGACGAUGAGCAAAGGGGUUUCUCAAGGAGCAGAUGCUGCCCGGGCAGCCAUCACCUUCUCCUUCUUCUCCAUCAUCAUUUGGGUGGUGCUGGCAGUGAGGGCCCUGCAGAGGUACCGUUUGGGGACAGACAUGUCCCUCUUUGCCACCGAGCAGUUCCCCAGCGAGCCGGGCAGCGCCGGAUACCCCGGAUACCCCGGCAGCGGCGUGGAGAGCACGGACACCUACCAGAGCCCCCCCUUCACUGAGACCUUAGAGCCCAACCCCAAGGGCUACCAAGUGCCAGCCUACUGAGGGCCAGGGGCCACCUCCCCGAGCCCCCGUGCAGCCCAGGCUUUGGCAGGGUUUGGCUGCAGAUGUGUUCGGUGCCAUCGCCUCCCCGUGGCGCUCGGUGCUGGGCUCCCUCCUCUUAGCUAGUUGUGCAGUGGAUCCUGUACAGUGGUAUUGGUUCUUGUCUUACCUUGUCCAAGGGGUUUCUAAAAGCAGUGUUCCCUCUAAGCCAGCAGGCAGGUUGGUUGCUACCUGGGAAAAGGUGAAUGAAGUGCCCUCUCGGAGCCCGGGCAGUGUUGGGCUCUGCUGAGCACCCUGCAAAGCCCCAAACACUUUUUUUCCUGUGUUUGUUUCCUGUGUUUCCUUUCCAGCAGCUGGGUUCUUAUUUCUCUCGUUCUUCCAUAACACAGACUCAGUGGUGGGGUGCUGCUCC